CAGCCUUAUCUACAAAAUUUCAAUCCACUACUUCAACAAAGAAGCAGCAGCAGAGCACAAAGAAGAAGAAGAAGAAGAAUGGCGAGCCUCUCAAUUUCGAGCGUGAUUUUCCCUUCGAAAUCAAAUCUCCCGAAACCCUCCGCCUCCUCCUCUUCCACAUUCCACGGCGUCCGCAUUGCGCAAUUGUGCCCCACGCGGUUCCCCGGCGCGUCGUCGAGCCGUGCUCCUAAAUCCUCCUCCGUAGUGAUGAUGGCGAAGAAGGACGACGAAUUGAAGGAAAUCAGAACCAAAUCCACCGAAGAGCUUCACGAAGAAAUUAUCGAUCUUAAAGGCGAGCUUCUGAUGCUCCGCCUCCAGCGCUCCGCCCGUAACGAGUUCAAAUCCAGCGACUUCAAACUUAUGCGCAAAAAGGUGGCUCGUAUGCUGACUGUAAAACGGGAGAGAGAAAUGGAAGAAGGAAUCAACAAGAGGCUGUCGAGAAAGCUCGAUAAGAAAUGGAGGAAAAGCAUUGUACCUCGCCCACCUCCUUCUCUUAUUAAAUUACGAGAAGAGGAAGCUGCUGAAGAAGCUAAAGAGUUGUCGUCAUCUGCUUGAGUUUCGUUUAGACCCUUUCAUGGCUAAUUAGCUCGUCUUUUCUUUUUUCUUUUUCUUUUUUCCACCAUCCUUUUCUUUGGGUUCAAUGUUUGAUUUGCUCUAUUUGUAUUGAGCUGGUGGAAGAACCAUUGUACCAGAGUUUACUGAUGCUAUUUAUAAACUCAAUUAUUUUCUUGGAACCUU